GGAUAACAAAUAACUUUAACACCGGUCACCACGUUUUUGUGACUGCUGUGAAACUAACAACUACGGAGGUGACAAUAGUUCCCAUCGUUUACGUAACAGCUAGAUCACAACCAUGAACGAGAAUCUAACCGCAGUGGAGAUUCGUCAACUGUUCAUCGAUUUCUUCAAAGAGAAGGAUCACAUUUACGUCCACUCUUCUUCAACCAUUCCACUUGAUGAUCCAACACUACUUUUCACAAAUGCGGGAAUGAAUCAGUUUAAACCCAUAUUUUUGGGUGUAGUGGAUCCGAACAGUGACAUGGCUAAGUGGGUUCGAGCGACAAACUCUCAGAAGUGUAUCCGAGCAGGUGGUAAACACAAUGACCUCGACGAUGUUGGUAAAGACGUCUACCACCACACCUUCUUCGAGAUGCUGGGAAACUGGUCGUUUGGCGAUUACUAUAAGAAAGAAAUAUGUGCCUGGGCUUGGGAACUGUUAACAGACAGACUGAAACUAGAAAAAGAUCGUCUUUAUGUGACCUACUUUGGCGGCAAUAAGGAAACCGGACUCGAACCAGACAAUGAGGCAAAAGAAAUCUGGCAAAAUCUCGGACUGGCCCCAGACAGGAUCAUCCCAGGCUCUAUGAAAGACAACUUCUGGGAGAUGGGUGAGACCGGCCCGUGUGGUCCGUGUUCAGAGAUUCACUACGACCGAAUCGGGGGACGGAACGCCAUGCACCUCGUGAACCAGGAUGAUCCUGAUGUCCUGGAAAUCUGGAACCUCGUCUUCAUUCAGUACAACAGAGAGUCGAAGACGGAGUUGAAUUUUCUGCCUAAGAAACACAUCGACUGUGGUUUGGGGUUGGAGCGCCUUGUGUCUGUGAUCCAGAGAAAGAUGUCAAAUUACGACACCGAUCUCUUCAUCCCACUGUUUGAGGCCAUUGAGAAGGCAACUGGCAUGAGGCCGUACUCGGGCAAGGUAGGAAAAGAAGAUGUUGAUGGUAUCGACAUGGCAUACAGAGUCCUGGCUGACCACGCACGUACGCUGACCAUAGCCCUGUCUGACGGAGGGAGACCGGACAAUACUGGCCGAGGAUAUGUUCUCCGGCGAAUUUUACGUCGAGCUGUGCGAUACGGGACGGAGAAGCUCAAUGGUAAACCCGGAAUGUUUGCCAACCUCGUCGAUACUGUGGUGGAUUUGUUGGGUGGAGCAUUUCCAGAAGUAAAGAAGGAUCCGGAAACUGUGAAAGCCAUAAUUAACGAAGAAGAGAGUCAGUUCUUGAAGACCUUGACCCGAGGUCACCGCCUGCUCGAACGCACCAUUACCAAGCUGAAUGAGUCCACAGUUUUACCAGGUGAUAUAGCCUGGAGGUUGUACGAUACAUAUGGAUUUCCGGUAGAUCUCACGUUGCUCAUGUCAGAAGAAAAAGGACUUUCUGUUGAUAUGGAAGCCUUUGAAAAGGCCAAACAACAUUCUCUGCUGAUGUCUCAAGGAGGAGGAAGUGCCACCGCUGACGAGAUUAAUCUUGAUGUUCAUGCAAUCAACGAACUGCAGAAUAAAAACUUGGCACCCACCGAUGACUCUCCAAAAUACAAAUACACUGCCGACAUCCACGGAAAUUACGAGUUUGAACCAUGUACCGGUACCGUGUUGGCAUUGAGACACAGUAAGCGGUUUGUACAGGAAGUGACGUCCGGUCAGGAGUGCGGAGUUCUUCUAGACAGGACGUGUUUCUACGCGGAGCAGGGCGGACAGAUCUACGACCAGGGAUUCCUUGUGAAACAAGACGACCAGGAUGUUGAGUUUACGGUUAAAAACGUACAGGUCAGAGGUGGAUAUAUUCUUCAUAUCGGUGUUAUCGAGGGCGUCCUUAAAGUUGGAGAUACAGUUAAACUCGUAUUGGAUGAGUCGCGGCGGUGUUCAGUGAUGAAGAACCACACAGGAACUCACAUGCUCAACUUCGGGCUGCGCGAGGUCUUGAAGGAGGCUGAUCAGAAAGGUUCAUUGGUCGCUCCAGACAGACUCCGAUUCGAUUUUACAGCCAAGGGUGCCUUGUCUGUGAAGGAAGUGAAGUUUGUCGAAAACAUUGUUCUAAAGAUGGCUGAGAAGAAUGAAGAAGUGUUUGCUAAAGAAACCGCACUCACCGACGCUAAGGCUGUGCAGGGUCUGAGAGCAGUGUUUGAUGAGGUGUACCCUGACCCUGUGAGAGUUGUAUCGAUUGGGGUUCCGGUCGAGAAACUUGUCACCGACCCCAUGGGAGCUGGAGGAGAUUCCACUUCUGUAGAAUUCUGUGGAGGAACACAUCUGCUGCGUGCCGGCCAUGUGGGUGACUUCGUUAUCGUCUCAGAGGAAGCCAUCUCCAAGGGCAUCCGGAGAAUCAUUGCGCUCACUGGACCUGAAGGUGCUAAGGCGGUACAUCGAGCAGACGUUCUAGAGAGAGAGGUCAAGGAGCUGAAGGAGAAAGUGAAGACAAACCCGAGCACCAAGGAGCUGUCCGAGCGAGAACUCACCAAGCUUAUUGUCCAGAUGGACGACGAAGUUGCUCAGUCUAGUAUUGCCUACUGGAAGCGCGACAGUCUGAGGUCAGAGUUGAAAGGUCUUAAGAAGGUCAUGGAUGACUUGGACAAAUCGAGGAAGGCUUCCGUCUUAAAUGAGGUGGUCGAGGAAGCCAAGAAGAUGAUUCAGGAAAACCCCAACACCAAAUUUGUUGUGCAUGAAUUUAAGGCUGGUUCCAACGCAAAGGCUCUCGAUGCAGCUAUGAAACAAUACAAAACUCUUAGUCCGGAAACAGCAGCCAUUUUCUUUUCCACUGAUCCUGAUGCUGGUAAAAUCCUGUGUAUGAGCUGUGUUCCAAAGGGGAAAGCUACAAAUGGUCUUUCUGCAAAGGACUGGGUCGACCAGGUUGUGCCAAUAAUUAAUGGAAAGGGAGGCGGACGAGAGCUGUCGGCUCAGGCAACCGGUUCAAAUGUGAUGGGACUGGACGAAGCCAUCAAACUAGCAACAAACUUUGCACAGCUCAAACUCUCAUGAUAAGGGUCUCGACUAGAACAAACAAUGGGAGAAUUCCAGCAAUACCAGGCCUCUGAAAAUUGAACUAAUGAUAGUAUUAUUUACGCAAAUCUAGUUUUUCCUAUUUCUCAUUCACAUAUUAAAAUUUGGACACAAUUUACAUUGUGGUUUUAGCAACCUAGGUUACUUACAUUUUUAAUUAUCAGAGGCCUGAAUAAACAAUCUUGACGCUCACGUUUCCAAUAAUUAGAUUUGGCUGUGAAAAAAUUAAUAAACAUGGUUAGCAGUGACUAUGUGGAUUUAAUAGUUUUUUUGGUCCAAGAGAAAUAUUUACAAAACUGCCUUGUUUCACAAAAGAAUUUUAGAUCUUGGCACUAGUAUGGUUAAAAAUAUCUACCAUCACACCGUAACAUUUUGUUACUAUUGCUAGCCAGGGGCCUAAUUCACAAAGGUCUCUCAGGCUCUGCUAGACAACAAAGCAUCCUCUUUGUAAGUCUUUUAGCAUUGCACUGUGAGAUCGCAAAGUUGCGAGAGUUUAGUGAAUUAGGCCCGUUCUAUGAUUACCAUCGUCAUAGUAAAAUGUGAAAAUUUAAAAUUGGUUCGAGGCACCAACAUAAAUGGCAAAUGAUGAUUUUCUAAGGAUACAAACUCAUUUGUGUAAAAAUGUAUCUGAUCUACACAUACCUUUUAUAAAACUCUGUGUUCAAACAGUUUAGACCAUACAACCUUCACACAAAAAUAUGGGAUAUACUGACGAAUGAAUCAGAAUUGUUCCAAAUAGUAAUCAGCAGUUUAUUAAAUUUCUUUGAUUUAAUUGUUAGAGGGGCACUUGCAACACCAGUAAUGUUGCUUUGUGAACGGUUGUAAUGCUUACAUGCGCAAGCCGUAAAACUGGCCAUACGUUAGUACAGCUGACCUUAGCGAGGAUUCUUUCAUGAAAUGGGGCCAGAUCUUGAAGUGUAAAUGACAGCAAGUUGUUUCAUACUUGUCCUAACCUUCGAUUCCUUUCAUUGUUCAGCGUCUUCUGUAACCAGUGACUGGGUUACAUUCAGAUAACUUUGUACAUUGUGCUUGUCGUCGGGUUACAUUCAUAUAUUUAUUUGUACGCUGUGCUUACCGACUGGUUUCAUUCAGAUAAUUGCUUGUACUUCAUCUACUAAAGAUCACUGCACUGUUGCAGUUUGUUGAAAUAACUUAUGAAUACACAUGGCUGGAACUAUUAGGCAUAUUCAUUCUGCAGGGGUUUUAAGAUUUCUUGUUAUUUCUCUUAAUUAUUAAAACUAUUUUCGUCUCAAUUAUGAAUAAAAUUUUGUAUCUGG